AUGGUACGUUUCUGAAGGUGAUUCUAAAAUUAGUUUAGGAGUCCAACAAAAAUGAUAACAAAGACGUCGCUGCUUUGAACGAUGAAGAGGACGAGUUUAUUGACGUGGAAACAGUCAACUCCCCAACUGUCACAGAAGAAGCUCAGGAGCCGUCCUCUUCAAAAUCAACUGAAGCUCCUGAACCAGAACAGAAGGAGAUGACAGAGGAAGAGAAGGCCAAGAUGAUGCAGGAAAUGAUGGGAGGCCUCAAGAACCUGGGCAAUAUGUUCCUGAAGCCAUUCGGAUUGUCGACCGACAACUUCGAAAUGGUACCACAAGAAGGCGGCGGCUACAGUAUCCAGAUGAAGAAGUAA